UCCGGGUCUCGGCAGUGGGAACUGCACACACACUCCGAGGAGGACCGAGAUGAUCAGCCCUGGAGCCGCAGCAAAAUGCUGGAUGGACACUUGCUCCUGGGAUGGUUAUCGAUCACUUCUCUGAUCCUCCUGAUCGGCGGCCCGGGACCCUGCGCUGCCUACUUCGGGCUGACGGGUAACGAACCCCUGUCUAUCCUGCCACUGAGCUUGCAGCCAGAGGAGGGUGCAGGCAAGGCUCACUACAAACUUUGUGACCGGUUGAAGCUGGAGAAGAAACAGAGGCGCAUGUGCCGAAGGGACCCGGGUGUGGCCGAGACCCUCAUGGAGGCCAUCAGCAUGAGCGCGCUUGAGUGCCAGUACCAGUUCCGCUUUGAGAGGUGGAACUGCACGCUGGAAGGCCGCUACCGAGCCAACCUGCUGAAACGAGGCUUCAAGGAGACAGCUUUCCUGUAUGCCAUCUCCUCAGCGGGUCUCACCCAUGCCAUGGCCAAGGCCUGCAGCGCGGGCCGCAUGGAGCGGUGCACCUGUGACGAGGCGCCCGACCUGGAGAACCGCAAAGCCUGGCAGUGGGGAGGCUGUGGGGACAACCUCAAGUACAGUCACAAGUUUGUCAAGGAGUUCCUAGGCAAGAGGUCCUAUAAGGACCUGCGUGCCCGUGUGGACAUGCAGAACACCAACGUGGGCAUGAGGGUGAUCAGGGCUGGCGUGGAGACCACCUGUAAGUGUCACGGGGUGUCAGGUUCCUGCACGGUGCAGACCUGCUGGCGACAACUCCUGCCCUUUCAUGAGAUUGGCAAGCAGCUGAAGCAACGCUACGAGAGCUCCGUGAAGGUGGUGAGCUCGACCAACGAGGCCACGGGGGAGGGCGAGAUCGCCCAGGCGCGAGGCCAGCAGCCCCUGCCUGGCCCCAGCGAGCCCAUCCCACGUACCAUGGACCUGUACCACAUUGAGGAUUCACCCAGUUUCUGCCGUCCCAGCAAGUAUUCUCCAGGGACCGCUGCCCGCAAGUGCUACAAGGACAAGAACUGUGAUGCUAUCUGCUGUGGGCGGGGCCACAACACGCAGAGCCGGGUGGUGACACGGCCCUGCCAAUGCCAGGUGCGCUGGUGCUGCUACGUAGAGUGCAAGCAGUGCACACAGAGGGAAGAGGUGUAUACCUGCAAAGGGUAGGCAUUUCCUCUCGAGUCUCCUGGCCAUGCAUAUCUCGCUCGCUGUCACCUGCCAUCCCACACAUCCAACCUCACCCCUUUUGGAGCAGACUAUUAAAGAAAAGCGGGAGGAAUUUACCUAUCUGGGGUGUCAGAUCUAACCCUUCCACCGCCCACCCCACAAUGGAUGUAGUUGGAGACUUUGAGUUGGAGACAUCAGCUGGAAGAAGAUGGAAAGCACUCUUGAAACCCGUCCAUGAACUGCUCAAAGUGGCCCUUUUUACCUGUGACGGCUGCCUGCUGUCUGGCAAACGGCUCAGCUCCCCUGGCUGUGAUGCUUGGCUUUAGGGAGGAGCACCCCCUUAAAGGUUAACUGUGGGUGAACAUGGCCAUCAUGGGCUCAUGAGCCAUUAAGGGGGCGGGGAGCUGUCCUGUUAGGGUAAAGAAUUUCUCAAAGGCAUUUGACUGGGUAAUUUCCGCUUUCCUGACUAAACUAAAUGCAGCGACAUGUAACUGACACACAGUGGGUGACGAGUUGAUUGGAAAUGAAUCAUGCCCUAGACCAUUGAAGAGGAACUGAGAAGUCACAAGGUGUAAGACAUUCUGCGUGCACAUAUAUACACCUGGACACACAUGUGUGUAUGCAUAUGUAUGUAAAUAUAUUAAAUUAUGCUAUAAUUAUAUUUACCACUUAUCUAAAUAGCCAAGACAACCACUAACCAUGCAAACGUUUGGAGUUGUUUGUGUGUUUUUUUUUUUUGCUUUUUUCCUUAAAUGUUAGUUUACUUUGACAAGGCCUUUCGGAAAGCAGUAAAUCUAUGCUGUGUGUAUCUCCUUGUGAACAUAAUUUAUGGAGCUAAGAUAUUUGUGUUUAUGUGUUGACUCUUCGACCACAAAGCAAGCAAUAUUUGUAAUGUUAUUCAAAUGCAGACAAAAUGGUUGAAGCUUCCUUGGACUUCCCUUCAUGCUUUGAAGGUACAGGGAAAUAGACAAUCUUCUUCUUGCCAGUCACAUAUUUUAUGGCUGCCUUUGGCCUGAGACGAACUUGUCGGUUUUGUAUUCAGGGAAUGACUGAAACCACUAUUAAUUUGGGUGCCGUGCUGACGCAUGUCAAUGGCACAACUUGGAGAAGCAGGAACCAAAUGACAGGAAUGGAAGACCUCCAUUCUUCUUCUCCACCGCAGCAGCCGUUACCUGUCCUGUAUCACUUAGGAGGAGAUGGGAAGACAACAUGCAUUGUGGCAACUUGUCUGUGGUGCUGCCAGUGAUGCUUUAUUGCAGUGAUCAUGACGGCUUGAGCGUGUCCUCUAGUUUGGCACACGACACAUUCUCGGGCUCCAGUUUUUUCUACAUAUGGCAUCAAAGAGGGUCAAAAGAAAACCAGCAGUAGGGAAAAGUUACAUCA